CCUCGAUAUUCCAUGUUUGUAUCUCCGUCAACUAAACAAAGAUUCUGUGUUAUUUCGAUCGUUGUUUAAUUUUCAGGCAUUUAGUUUCGUUUGAUUCUCUACUGAGCAUCCGUUUGUUCUAAGAACAAAAGUGAUGAAGAAGAAUGCUUCAUCGAAGAAGGGGAGCAGAGGAGGGAAGAGAAGUUCCGUUAUCAGCCAAGACCCAUUCUUUGAAUCUGAACCGAAGCGAAGAAAGAAAUUUGAUGAGGACGAGGAUAUAGUUAGUAGCGAAGAUGACUUCGAAGACGAUGGAAAGGCCUUCGGUGGAGAAGACAAGGCUGUGGAGGAAGAAGAAGAGGAGACUGCUGCUGAGACGAGGAAGAGAUUGGCUGAAGCUUAUUUGGAGAAGAUAAGGGCCAUAGCGAGCAGAGAAAAGGAAAAUGACGACGGGAUGGAAAGUGGCGACGAGGACGAGCGAGAAGGAGAGAGAGAUUCUUUGGUGGCGAAGAUACUGCAGCAGGAGCAGCUGGAAGAGAGUGGAAGGGUCCGUAGAUUGAUUGCUUCGAGGGUUCAGAAGCCAGAGGAGAGUGAUGAAUUUAGGAUCAUAGUCAAGCACCGUCAGUCUGUAACUGCUGUAGUACUCUCUGAGGAUGAUAGUUUUGGGUUUUCAGCUUCCAAGGAUGGCUCAAUUGUCAAUUGGGAUGUUGAAAGUGGAAAAGCUGUAAAAUAUCUAUGGCCUUCGGACCAUGUUUUAAAGGCACAUGGAUUGAAAGAUCCCCAAGGCAAAGCUAAAAAGCAGAGUAAACAAGUUAUGGCAUUGGCCAUUAGUUCUGAUGGACGUUACCUUGCAAGUGGAGGGUUAGAUCGCCAUAUACAUUUGUGGGAUACUCGAACCCGUGGUCAUAUUCAGGCUUUUCCUGGCCAUAGGGGACCUGUAUCAUGUUUGGCUUUUAGAUAUGGCACUUCAGAACUUUUUUCUGGUUCAUUUGAUCGGACAGUAAAAAUUUGGAAUGUAGAAGACAGAGCUUACAUCAACACAUUAUUUGGUCAUCAAAGUGAAGUGUUAACCAUUGAUUGCUUGAGAAAAGAGCGCGCUUUAACUGUUGGACGUGAUCGAACAAUGCAUCUUUUCAAGGUUCCAGAAGAGUCACGAUUGGUGUUCCGUGCUUCAACAUCAUCUCUUGAAUGCGGCUCUUUUAUUAAUAAUGAUGAAUUUUUAUCGGGUACUGAUGAUGGAAGCAUUGAGCACUGGACUGUAAUGCGUAAGAAGCCUGUACAUACUGUCAAAAAUGCUCACGCUACUGUGAAGUAUUGUAGUGAUGAAGGAUUAUCAAAUGGUAUUAAAGAAAAUGGUUCUCAUGUACCUGAAAACAAUUGUAAAGCUGCUGAUUCUUGGAUAAGUUCGAUAUCGGUAUGUAGAGGUAGUGAUAUUGCAGCAUCAGGUGCUGGCAAUGGUUCUGUCCGGCUCUGGGGUAUUGAAAAUGAGGCCAAAGGCAUUAGACCAUUGUUUGAUCUUCCAAUUGUGGGGUUUGCAAAUUCAUUAGCUUUUGCAAAAUCAGGGAAGUUUCUGGUUGCAGGAAUUGGCCAGGAACCUCGAUUAGGAAGAUGGGGUCGCGUUCCUGCUGCCCAGAACGGUGUGGCUAUUCAUGCUUUGAAACUCUUAUGAAUGGAGUUUAUAAAAUUUUGACUUACUGAAAGAAAAGAUAAGAGCAUCACAUUCAACAGAUUUGUCAUUAUAAUGUCAACUGUUUUGAAUUCAGUCAUUUUUGUCAUCUUUAUUUCAAGGAAAUUUUAGACAGGCAAUUUUAGCAUAUGGUGUUCUUGUAGCAAAUUAUUGUUGUUUUUUUGUGGUGUUAUUUAUUUUACUUCAAUUUCAAAGACAUGCACAUGAUUUGUGUAUUUAUGUACUCUUUUUUUGUUAACAUGGAUUAGCCAGCCUCGUUAUAAUAACAUUUUUUUUUAUCUUUCA